UCUUCUACACCUCCGCGGCGCGGCUAUGGCCUGGUGUCGGCGGCCGGCAACCAGCGGCGGGGCCCGCGGUGCGCUGGCGCUGCUAGUCCUGGCGCUGAGCGCUCCUGGCGCCUGGGGCCGGGCGCUCGAGUGGUACUCGGCCCUCGUGAGCACCGCGUACGUAGACCCACAGACGAACCUGACCGUGCGGAGCGUCUCGGAAAGCGGUCGCUUCGGUGACAACUCGCCCAAGGAGAGUGCACAGGGCCUGGUGGGCGUCCCGCGCACACUGGACCGGCACCCGGACGGCUGCGCGCCCGAUACGCGCUUCCACGUGCCCGCGUCUGGCGGUCAGGCUGCUACGCCCUGGGUGGCUCUGGUGGCGCGCGGGGGCUGCACAUUCAAGGACAAAGUCUUGGUGGCGGCGCGGAGGAACGCCUCAGCCGUGGUGAUCUAUAACGAGGAGCGCUACGGAAACCUAACCGCGCCCAUGUCCCACGCGGGAACAGGAAAUAUAGUGGUAAUUAUGGUUAGCUACCUCAAAGGAAGAGAACUUUUGGAUCUGGUACAAAAAGGAAUUCCAGUAAAAAUGACCAUAAGGAUUGGCACCCGUCACGUCCAGGAGUACAUCAGCGGUCAGUCUGUGGUGUUUGUGGCCAUUGCUUUCAUCACCAUGAUGAUUAUCUCAUUAGCCUGGCUCAUAUUUUAUUACAUACAGCGUUUCCUAUAUACUGGCUCACAAUUUGGAAGUCAGAGCCAUAGAAAAGAAACUAAGAAAGUUAUUGGCCAGCUUCCACUUCAUACUGUAAAGCGUGGAGAAAAGGGAAUUGAUAUUGAUGCUGAAAAUUGUGCUGUGUGUAUUGAAAAUUUUAAAGCAAAGGAUAUUGUCAGAAUUCUACCAUGCAAGCAUAUUUUUCAUAGAACAUGCAUUGACCCAUGGCUUUUGGAUCACCGAACUUGUCCAAUGUGUAAACUUGAUGUCAUCAAAGCCCUGGGAUAUUGGGGAGAGCCUGAAGGUGGGCAGGAGAUACCUGCUCCGGAUUCUACCCCUGCAAGUGUUUCAGCCACAAACCUGAGCAUCACCUUACAAGGGGAAGACAGGAGUGAUGGGAGCAGCUUACCCUCAUCUUCUUCUGAUGAAUCUGUCCCUCAUUGCAAUGCCAGCUUUAAAGACGACGCAGGUGAAGACACAGCACUAUUGGAGAUGGGCAGGAGUGAUCUUCAGCGUGGAGGACCAGUCUCCUAG